AUGAAUAUGUCAAAUCCACUGGAAGGAUCAAUUACUAUCCCAUUGGAUUUCUUCGAUGAAUUGGCUUCAUUCUAUUACAGUCGAGGAAAUCGUUAUUCUCCAUCAACAGGUGCUAGCAUGAAUCGAAUUAAAACAUAUAAGGAUGUUCAAUGUCAAACUGAUAUUGAAUAUACCAAUGAAAAAACAUCGAAAGUAGUGGUUGAUUUACCAUCAUCUUUAACUCAAUCAACAAUAUCUUCAAAAAAAUCCACAGAAGAAACAACAGUUGUUUAUGAUCAAAACAAAGAAAGUCCAUUAAGAACUGAUAUUAAUAAACAGCCAAAGAAACUAUAUGCCGUUAAAUCUAGCAUUACAAAAAAACUGUUAACAGAACGACAACAGACAAUAUCAACAAUCGAUCAAAUUGCAACUGCUAAUGUCACUUCAGCACCAUCGAAAUCAUCCAAUGGUGAUAAUAAAUAUCAUUUUGAAAAUGAUAAAAUACAAAGAAUGAAGAAAAAUGAAAGAAGACGGGACAAAUUUCGUAUUUUGGCUCGUACACUUGAUACAUUAGGAAAUAUUGAUCCAUCAUUAGAUUCAACUUCAUACAAUAAACAAUUAGAAAAACGUUGUAUUACUACUCUAGUACCUUUAAUACGACAAAUUAAAUCAGAACCAUUUGAAAUCGAAGAUCAUCAUCAUCAUUAA